AUGCAUGAUUUGCCGCCGAAAUUGGUCAAACGAUUAAAAGAUCCCAAUGCACCAAUGUUUUACAAGGGAAUAUACCAUUUAUUCUACCAAUACAAUCCAAAAGGUUCUGUAUGGGGUAACAUAGUGUGGGCCCACUCAGUAUCUGAAGACCUAAUCAACUGGACCCCACUAGAACCAGCAAUCGAACCAUCGAAGCCAUUCGAUCAGUUUGGUUGCUGGUUUGGGUCCGCCACCGUCCUUCCCGGUGACAAACCGGUCAUUUUAUACACCGGAAUAACCGCCGAGCAACCCAAACCCGGUUAUCAAGUCCAAAACUAUGCAAUACCCGAAGACUCUUCGGAUCCAUACCUAACAAAAUGGAUCAAACCCGAUGAUAAUCCAAUCAUAAAACCAACUCAAGAGAACGCCUCAGCAUUUCGUGACCCCACAACCGCUUGGAUGCUCAAUGGUCAAUGGGAAAUGACUGUAGGUAGUAAGCGGGAUAUGGUAGGUGUAACGUAUCUAUACAGAAGCCCGGAUUUUAUAAACUGGACCAUUGUUGAUCACCCUUUGCACGAGACAGAAAAUGUUGGUAUGUUUGAAUGUCCUGAUUUCUACCCGGUAUCGAUUAUGGGAGAGAACGGGUUGGAUACUACAGUAGUCGAAGGUGAAAUCAAACAUGUUUUUAAGGUUAGCCUUGAUAUGACUAGGUAUGAUUGCUACACGAUUGGAAAAUACGAUAUUGAACAAGAUAUAUACAUCCCGGAUGAAGGAAUGAUUGAUAGUUGGGCUGGUUUAAGAUACGAUUGGGGGAAUUUUUAUGCUUCUAAGUCGUUUUUUGACCCUUCGAAAAACCGUAGGGUUAUUUGGGGUUGGGCUAAUGAGUCUAGUCCUAUAGAUGAAUAUGUCAAGAAAGGAUGGGCUGGAAUCCAGUGUAUUCCACGAACCGUUUUGUUAGAUCCAUCUGGAAAGCAAUUGCUGCUAUGGCCGGUUGCUGAAUUGGAAACUCUAAGAGAUGUGAAUGUGCAACUAAGCAACAUGGAGCUCAAUCACGGAGAUAAAGUUGAAGUUAAAGGAAUCACUGCUGCCCAGGUUCGAUAUUCUAUUCUUCUAGCCCGAGCAACAUACUUACAACAUACACAAUCUACUUUAAAUAGAAACAUAACAUCAAUUUAUGUGGAUGUGGUUUUUACGUUCCCAAGUUUGGAUAAAGCAGAGGCGUAUGAUAAUGCAUGGGACGAAACAUACCCACCGGAAACCCUUGCGGAAAAUAUAUGUGAAGUCAUGGGUACAACCAAACAAGGUGGGCUAGGGCCAUUUGGUCUUUUAACAUUGACAUCCAAUGAUUUCGAAGAAUACACACCCGUGUUUUUUAGGGUUUUCAACACUCCUAACACCAACCGUAGAGUUCUCAUGUGCUCCGAUGCUAUGCCGUCAACGUUGAACGAUCAAGAGUAUAGGCCAUCGUUUGGGGGGUUUGUGGAUUUAGAUUUAGCUGACAACAAGAUCUCGCUUAGGAGUUUGAUUGAUCAUUCGGUUGUGGAAAGCUUUGCAGCAGGGGGUAAAACGGUCAUAACAUCUAGGGUUUAUCCAACACUGGCAAUUAAUGAGAAUGCACAUUUGCAUGUAUUUAACAAUGGAACAGAGAUUGUCACCAUUGAGAGACUUGAUGCUUGGUCCAUGAAGAAUCCUGUGAUGAACUAA